CCUAUUUAUCCUGCAGAAUGACAAAUGUCGCUUCACCGAAUCUGGAGUCGGAGCUACGUUAACGGGUUACGUGGUCGUCAACAGGGGUGACGAGGCUGCCUUGCAGGAGGCUGUCGCCAACGUCGGCCCCGUCGCCGUUGCCAUGGACGCCACCCCCGACUUCGCCUUCUACAAGAGCGGGGUGUACGGGCCCAGCACGUGUAGUGGCACCGUGUUGAACCACGCCGUCUUGGUGGUUGGGUAUGGCACGACGUCUGACGGACAAGACUACUGGAUUGCUAAGAACAGUUUUGGGAAAGACUGGGGAAUGGAAGGCUAUAUUUACAUGGCACAUAACCAAGGCAACAGAUGUGGAGUAGCCAGCCAUGCCAGCUACCCAACAGUGUGAUGUCCACAGAUUCAAG